AUGUAUCGGGUGAAAUCAAGGAGAGCUCGCGAGCUGCCUGUAUCAGCCUCUCGCCGCCUCGCAAGUUUGGUGGAUGUUAGUUUAGAAGAAGAAGAAGAAAAAGAAGAAGAAAAAGAAGAAGAAAACGCAGAAAAGUCAACAGAAGAAACAGAAAAAAAAUUAGAGCCUCUCGCGUAUACACAGUCGGCUCCUCCUCCAAAGCAACGUAGAGACCCCGUUUGGUGGAUGAAUUCAACGGCUUCUCUGAAAGUGCGGAUUCCUCCAAACCACGUCAUUCAGUCUCAGUUUAACCUCGCUUCAGUUUCUUCUUUCGAUGUAAAAGCUUACACAAUGCAUGAUCUCUUAGAUUGGGACUUUCAUGUUUUGUCUCUGCCAGAACCUGAGGCGGUUCGGCUCUGCCGGUAA